AUGUCACAACAAGCUAAUAGUAUUAGAAGAAAGUUGGUUAUCGUAGGUGAUGGUGCCUGUGGUAAGACCUGUUUAUUAAUUGUCUUCUCAAAGGGACAAUUUCCAGAAGUAUAUGUUCCAACCGUUUUUGAAAAUUAUGUAGCUGAUGUCGAAGUUGAUGGUCGUCGUGUAGAAUUGGCUUUAUGGGAUACAGCAGGCCAAGAAGAUUAUGAUAGAUUAAGACCUUUAUCUUAUCCGGAUUCUAAUGUUGUUUUGAUUUGUUUCUCUAUUGAUUUACCAGAUUCCUUGGAGAAUGUUCAAGAAAAAUGGAUCGCUGAAGUAUUACAUUUUUGUCAAGGUGUUCCAAUUAUUUUAGUUGGUUGUAAAGUAGAUUUAAGAAAUGACGGACAAGUAAUGGAAGCAUUAAGGGAAGUUGGCCAACAACCUGUAUCCACUUCAGAUGGUCAAGCUGUAGCUGAACAAAUUGGUGCUACUGGAUAUUAUGAAUGUUCUGCAAAGACAGGAUUUGGUGUUAGAGAAGUCUUUGAAGCUGCCACAAGAGCUUCUUUAAUGGGUAAGUCUAAGACUAAUGGAAAGACAAAGAAAAAUUCUAAUUCUGAUAAGACAAAGAAGAAGAGAAAAUGUACUUUAUUAUAA